AAGUGCCCGACAGUCCAUCCGGUUGUCGAGUGGGGGGACUGAUCUGACUUGGGGAAAGCUUUUGAAAAAUUGGGAUAAACAAAUUCUAAAUGCAUGAAUUUGUCUUGCUCGGUAUUUUGUCCACCUGCCAGCCUCACGUGAAUGACGCCAGAAACACAUCUAGAUCGAUAGAAGAGCCCCAGUAGAGUGUAAGCUGCCUGGUCCCUCCCCACAGGACCCCUCCUGGACCCCCAGCCAUGAACAAGCAGCCCAGUAAAGAGAGUCUGAAGGACAAGGUAAAGGGGAUAUUUGGUUUGGGAUCCCCUCGACCCCCCAGCAAGCAGACAGAGAGCAAGCCCUCAGAGUUCAUCAUCACACUGGAUAUACUCAAGGAGCUGCACCCUGACUGUGGCCUUAGCAACAGAAUCCGGGUUGCUAACCAUGUCUCUGACCUGGCCAAGGCCAAGAAGUUUGAGGAGCAUGCAGUGGAAGCCGUAUGGAAGGCAGUGGAGGACAUGCUGACUCCAGAACAGCCACCUGAAGCUAGACAUGCUGUCCUGCUGCUCCUCAGAGCUGUCAUACAGGGACAGGGUGAGCGUCUGGGUCCUCUGCGGGCCUUCUUCUUCAAGGUGAUCAGAGACUACCAGCCGUCCAAUGAGGACCUGUCUGACAGGCUGGAGGUGUUCAAGGCCCUGACGGAGAACGGGAAGGACAUCACGUACCUGGAGGAGGACAUAGCUGGGUUUGUCCUGCUGUGGAUGGACAUUGGUCUGACCGCUGACUUCCUCCACGUCCUGGUCAACCUGGUCAAGUUCAACAGCUGCUACCUCGACCAGAACGUAUCCGUCAUGGUCCAGAAGAUCUGUCUGCUGUGUAACCGGACUACAGCCUCUACAGACAUUGAGAUGGCUCUACAGGUGCUGGAUGCGGUGGUGUGUUAUAACUGCCUCCCCUCUGACUCCCUCACCGUCUUCAUCAUCACUCUCUGUCGCACCGUCAACGUCAAGGAGUUCUGUGAGUCCUGCUGGAAGUUGAUGAGGAAGGUGUUGGGGACUCAUCUGGGCCAUAGUGCCAUAUACACCAUGUGCCGUAUCAUGGAGGAGAGGGCGUAUAUGGAGGAUUCUCCAUUGCUGAGAGGAGCAGUGUUCUUUGUAGGGAUGGCUCUAUGGGGGGCGCACCGUCUCCCAGCCUUAAAGAACACCCCUACCCUGGUCCUCCCAUCAUUCUAUAAGGCGAUGUGGUGUGCCAACGAGAUGGUGUCAUAUGAGAUCGUUCUGUCCAUCACCAGACUGAUAAAGAAGUAUGGCAAGGAACUCCAGGUGGUCACAUGGGACAUACUGCUGGGGAUCAUAGAGAGGUUACUACAGCAGAUUCAGUCUAUAGGCAGUGCAGAGCUGAAGUCCAUAGUGUUUGAGUUGCUGACUACAGUGGAGGAGCUCUAUGAGCAGAAUGGCUUCCAUGGAUCAUCUGACAAGUUCUUCAGUCUGGUGGAGAAGUGUGCUGACAAAAGACCUGAUGCGUCGGUGCUGACUCUGAUAUCGUACCGGGCCCAGUCCAUCCAGCCAGCUAAAGACGGGUGGAUCCAGAGCCUACAACGCCUUAUGGAGAAGUUCUUCAGGAAUGAGAGUCGAGGUGUGAUCAGGAUCAAAGUGCUUCACAUCCUCUCCUUUGUCCUCAGCACCAACCGCCAGCUCUACGAGGAGGAGCUGAUCGAGGUGGUGGUGGUUCCUCAGCUCAGUGGGAUAGCAGAGGACAGAGACCUGGCUGUGAGGAGACAGGCUACCCAGCUACUGGUGGACCUGGCUGAGAGCUGUAGUACACACCACUUCACCAGCCUCCUGGACAUCAUUCAGAGGGUGGCGAGUCGUUCGCUGGUGUGCCCAGGGCCCCUGGAGGUGUCGGAGAGAGACCUCACGACAGAAUCCCCCAUGGAGGAUGUCAGGACGGCUAUACGAGGCCUACUGGAGAUACUGCAGAGUAAGCUGUACAGCCUGCCAGCCAGCCACGCUAGUCGAGUGUACGAGCUGCUGAUCGGACACCUGCAGCUGCACUACAAGAGCAAGUACACCUCCGCUGUGGCCUGCAGCAUACGACUACAGGUGUUUGACUUCCUCCUGAUGAUGAGAACGGACUCCCUCCAUCGUCUGGGGUUCCUCAGUAAAGACGGGGUUCUGAGGUUCAGUCCGUACUGCCACUGUGACAUGGGGGAGCCAGAGAAACGAGGGAGUGAGAAGAAGCCUGCAGGUUCAGUGUCUCCCCCUGCUGGCAGUCCUGCCCCCUCCUCCUCCACCACCACCACUACUCCCUCCUCCUCCUCCACCACCACUACUCCCUCCUCCAACAUCCGUACAGCCUGCCUGCCCUACUCACCUGCCUUUAAUGUGCUGCUACAGUGCCUGAAGAUGGAGACCGACUGGAAGGUGUUGAAGCUGGUACUAGACAAGAUGCCCUGGACCCUGCAGUAUAAAGUCCUGCUGCUGUCCUCUCCCUGCAGCAUAGACCAGCUCUGUUCUACACUCUGUUCUAUGGUGACAGACCGUCUUAUCUCAGAGCGUCUGAAGAAGACUCCAGAUGGUUUCAGUCGUACUGAUGUCCAGCUGGCUGUAGUACCUGUUCUCACUGCUAUCACAUCAUACCACAACUACCUAGAACAGGCCAGACAGAGGGAGUUGGUUCAGUGUCUGGAAGCAGGGCUGAUAUACCGCUGUGCCAAGCAGUGUGUGGUUGCCCUGACAAUGUGCACCGUGGAGAUGCCUGACAUCAUGAUUAAACUCCUCCCCGCCCUCAUCGUCAAGCUGACGCACAUCUCGGCAACCGUCGCCAUGGCGUCGCCCAUGCUGGAAUUCCUGUCCACUCUGGUGCGGCUGCCACAUCUCUAUGCUUACUUUGUAGCAGAGCAGUAUGUCAGUGUGUUCGCCAUCUCCCUGCCCUACACCAACCCCUCCAAGUUUAACCAGUACAUUGUGUCGUUGGCUCACCAUGUCAUCUCCAUGUGGUUUAUCCGCUGCCGACUCACCUUCAGAAAGGACUUUGUGCAGUACAUCACCAAGGGUCUGCGCUCUAAUGCUCUGAUGCCGUUCGAUGACACCCAGGACACUCAGAGCAGCUUCCGUGCUCGCAGCACCAGCCUCAAUGAGAGGCCCAAGAGCCUACGGGCAGCCAAAAUGGCGAAGGCCCACCAGCAGCAGCAGGCGUCAAUGGCAGCGGGCGUAGCGGCGAGUACCGGCUCUCCCGUUAAAGAGCUGAGAGAUCUGUCGGCCUUCCGCUCCCGAAGCAUCAGCGUCUCCGAGCACGCGGUGCGCAGGAUGCACACCUCCAGCACCACGUGUAGUCUGGGUUCUUCUGACGAGAACACCGUGAGCCAGGCAGACGAUGGGUUAAAGACCGUCCACCUGGAGUUAACGGAGACCUGUCUGGACAUGAUGGCUCGAUACGUCUUCUCCAACUUCUCAGCGCUGCCCAAGAGGUCUCCUAUAGCAGAGUUCCUUCUUGCGGGGGGUCGCAGUAUGACCUGGCUGGUGGGUAACAAGCUGAUCACCAUAACGACCAGCGGUGGGGUCAGGAGCCAGGCCCUACUGGGAAUGGACAUGGCUGAGAGGCUGGGAGGAGGGGGAGAGAUGACCAGGUCAGACCCCUCCCUUCACACCCGUCAGACCAAAGAGGCUCCGGCCAAACUGGAGUCCCAGUCCAGUCAACAGCUCAACAGAGCCUCACGCAUCAGAGUACGAUCCAUGUCAGGUGGCCAUGCCCUCCGUGCAGGUCCAGCCCAGAGCCUCAGCCCCCUGGUCUCACCCUCUGAGGGUGGAGAGCUGUGUGGUGUCCCCCUCUCUCCCCCCUCCUCCUCCUCCGGCCCCUGUCUGGAUGGCCUGGAGCCCCCCUCUCCUUCCCCCUGUGCCCCCCCUAAGGACCCCCUCAAAGACAAGCCCAGCCUGGCAGAGUUCCUGCCCGUUCUGACCCAGGGAUGGGCCGAGAUCUUCAUACGCAGACCCUCAGGUAACACCAGCUGGUUGAUGUGUCUGGAGAACCCUCCCAGUCCCUUCUCCUCUGAGCUGGGUAACAUGCCUCUCCAGGAGCUGUCCUCUGUCCUCAUGGCCAUGGAGGGGGUCAAGGAGCCCCCCACCCAGACUGCCAGCGCCCCCGCCAGCACAGCCACGCCCGCCCCGACCCCCGUAGCCCUUAACCCCCCUGGACCCAUCCAAGGGGGCAAGCCUGGACUCAUCCAGCGCUCUAACACAGUGGGCUCUCUCUCCUCUCUGGGUCUGUCCUUCGCCCCGCCCCCAGUUCCGGUUCGGCUCCAACGGAGCAUUUCCUGGGCAGACUCUGUGGUAGUGCUAGAGGGGACAGGGGUCAGGGGCCACGUAGACUACCCCUCUGAUUGGCCAGAGGCGGAGAAGUUUGAGGCCAUGCCCUCUGAACCCAUCUACAUCGCUGCUGACAAGUUCACCAAGGGCCCUGCCCCCUCGUCCUCCAGUUCCAGCCAGGAGGAUGAGAAGUCCACCCUGGAGGGUAGUGAGGGGUUCAUCCCCAUCGACCAGCCCCCCCUGGCCCCCUCCACCCCGGGCAGCCAAGGCCCAGAGCUCCCCUUCCAGACCCAGAACCAGCCUGAGACCCAGACCCUCAACAAGUCCAGCUCCUCCCCUGAGCUCCAGACCCUACCAGAGGCCUUCCCCAAGACCACAACAGGACCCGGGGCCGGAGGAGGAGAGGCACCCGGGGUUCGGUCCCCCUCGGAGGGGAAGAGCCAGCCACAACAGCCCCCGGUGGAGAAAGAGAUAGAGAAGGUGGAGAGUGGAGGAGGAGGGGUGAACAGACAGAAUCAGAGUGGGGAUACCACCCCAGUGACAGGGGGGUUGUCUGGGACAUCGGGAGGAGGAGGUUCCUCUUCCUCGCAGGGAGCCAGGAUGAGGUUGGAGUUCCCAGCGCCCCACCAGCCUGGACCCCUCUCCCCCAGCGGAGGGCACCGUCCCAGGGGUCACACCAUCUCAGUGUCCGCCCCCUCCUCCAGGAGAGAGAGGAUAGGAGGAGAUGCGUACCACACCACCCGGCCCGGACCCACCAACACUGAGAAGACCAGUGGACUCAGUCCCAGUUUUGUGUUCCUUCAGCUCUACCACUCUCCCUUCUUUGGCAACGAGGCCAACAAGCCUCUCCUGCUGCCCAAGUCUCAGCUGAUCGACAGAGCGGUGAAGGUUCUGGACCAGAUGCCUCCGUACGAUACCCAUAAGAUUGGAGUGGUGUUUGUAGGAGCUGGACAGGUAUUCAACGAGGUGUCCAUCUUGUCCAAUGAGUAUGGUUCUAACCGCUAUGCUGGCUUCCUGACCGGCCUGGGGAAGUUGAUCCACCUGAAGGACUGUGAUCCAGACCAGAUCUUCCUGGGGGGUCUAGACCAGUAUGGAGAUGACGGGGAGUUUACCUACUGCUGGCACGAUGACAUCAUGCAGGCCAUCUUCCACAUAGCCACCCUGAUGCCCAACAGAGACAGUGAUAAGGGCUGCUGUAACAAGAAGAGACACAUUGGAAACGACUUUGUUAUGGUGGUUUACAACGACUCAGGAGAGGAGUACAAACUGGGGACCAUCAAGGGUCAGUUUAACUUUGUUGAGGUGAUCAUUAAGCCUCUGGACUACGGAAGUAACCUGGUCACCCUGCAGUGCAGGAAAGAUCUGGAGGGUCUAGUUGACACCAGUGUAGUGAAGAUCGUCUCAGACCAAAACCUUCCAUUGCUGGUACGACAGAUGGCCCUACACGCUAACAUGGCAUCUCUGGUCCACCAGUACAGAGCAAACCCUUCUGAUGCCUACGCCUCCAAGUGGCUGGCCAGACUACGACACAUCAAGAGACUCCGGACAAGGGCCCAGGAGGAGAUCCAGUCUCGUCCCACCCCCGGUAUCUCUCUGACCCAGAGCCACUCCUCCCAGACCAAACAGUCCUCCUACCAGCAGGUCAGCGGAGGAGGCUCCAACACGGACUCCUCCGGACAGAGGAAGAGACUGGUCUCCACCGUGGACGACUUCACCGACUUCGUCUGAGCCUUGAGGACGCCUUCCCCGUGUCUAAUGUCUAUACUAGUAUACUACUGCGGGUCAAAUGGUACCCUACUCCCUAUAUAGUGUGCUACUGUUGACCAGAGUCAUAUGGACCAUGGUCAACAGUAGUGCACUAUAUAGGGAAUAGGGUGCCCUUUCACACAUAGUUUGCAUCCCCAAUACAUUGGUUUCAUACUAUGUAGUAUGCUAGUAUGGAUAUUGUAACAGAGUGAUAUUUCUGAUACUGUUUCCGGUCCCCCUGCUCAAGGCAGACGUUGCCUCCCUCACCACAGAUCUAGGAUCAGGUUAUCCGAGUGGUUCUAAUGUCCACUAGCAGGAGGAUAAUAAAAUACCUGAUCCUAGAUCUGUUUAGUCAGGGACAACGUUGACCUGCUUUCGCUCUUUCUCUCUUGAUACACACACACACACACACACACACCGGUUGAAUAACUUCCUGCUUUCUACCUAUAUGAUUUGACGAUUCUCUCCCAGACAUUUGUCUUGACAAGCUGAUGUGGCUUUUCAUCCAACUGCUCCCAUGAAUUAGCUGUGAUGGUGAUGAGAUGACAGGCUGCACCAUCUGUACCGAACUAACGCUGCGUCCCUAUUGUCUUUCUAAUACACUAUGCUUGACCAGGACACGUGGGCUCUGUCUAAAGUAGUGCACUAUGUAGAGGGAAUAGGGUGCCAUUUGAGUGCCAUGGGGCUCUGGUCUAAAGUAGUGCACUAUGUAGAGGGAAUAGGGUGCCAUUUGAGUGCCAUGGGGCUCUGGUCUAAAGUAGUGCACUAUGUAGAGGGAAUAGGGUGCCAUUUGGAACGCAGAGAAUGACCCCCCCCCCCCGUGGUUUACACAGCCGACGCCCACCCUUUCAUCCCUCUCCUCAUUUCCUUCUCUCAUCCCCUCGCAAAACCACUCAGAAGGAAGUAUGGUAACACCACAUUUGAAAGCUGUGUGUGUGUACAGAAUAAACAAAACAAAUAGCCAA